CAGCAGACACGAUGCGAGCAGCAGGUAGCGCGCGGCUCGCGCUGGCGGCCUGCCUCUUGGCGCUGGCGGCGGCGCAGCAGCUGCCCUGGUGGUGGGGGCUGUCCGCCCCCGACUACAGCCCGGUCACCCAGGCGCCCAACAACAACGUGGGGGGCGGCGCGUCCACGGUGGACCCGCUCCGGCAGAGCACGUACGAACCCUGCGAGUGCGGCCCCGGCAAGUCGUGCGUCUGCGUGGUCUACUACCUGUGCAAGAACGACACCAUCGUCACCACCGGGCUCGAACUGCUCGACGACAGAAUAAACACACCAAAAGUUGAAAUGUGCCCUGGAGUACAACACUGCUGCCAGGAGCCACCUCGGAAAACCACAGGAAGUCAAACUCCUACUACACCACCGACGCCGUCAACACCACCGUAUGUGGAGCCUGGACCUGUGACACCGACUCCAAAGCCUCCCAUCCAAGUUCCUGUGGGACCUGUCAAGUCUGGUUGCGGAGUGAGGCAUGGGCUAUCACCAGCGACAGACAACAGCACAACAUUUGCAGAGUUCCCGUGGAUGCUGGUUGUCCAAGUAGCUGUAUUCCCAGGGGAUGGAAAACCACCUGCCUUUGUCUUCAAAUGUGGAGCUUCACUUCUGCACCCACAAGUUGCUCUCACUGCUGCACACUGCGUUAAAAGGUUGAUUCCAUCAGAUAUAAAAGUCAGAGCUGGAAUAUGGGACUUAACAGCAGCAACGGAACCUUUACCACACCAGGAGCGCAGGGUGAUAAAAAUAAUAAGACAUCCUCGAUUUGAAGAGAAGACACUCUUCAAUGACAUAGCACUCCUAGUGCUGGAUAAACAUUUUGAUGAAGCAAUGAAUGUUGAAGUUAUUUGUGUGCCUCCCCCUUCAGUAGAUUUCACAGGCCUUCGAUGUAUUGCAACUGGAUGGGGCACAUCAUCUCCUGAUGCUGAGAUUGUCCAGACUACAAUGAAGAAAGUGGAGCUGCCAGUAGUUUCCCGUGAUCACUGUGAAAAUGAGCUUCGCUUGACAAGACUUGGACGCUACUUUGAACUCCAUGAGAGCUUUAUAUGUGCUGGUGGUGAGCCACAAGUAGAUACCUGCCGUGGUUCUCUUCUGCACAAUACCAGUUACACUGAAGCAGUGCCAGCAGAACAUCCGUUCGUUAGGAACCAUCUACAGGAAAAUGACGAUGAUUCUGUCAAAUUGAAAACUGACAUUCACAGCCUAUCUGACAGUACAUAUCAUGGGAGUAGUCUUUAUGGCUCUGGUAGACAUAAAAGACAUGCAGUAAGCUCAAGAGAGAAUAUACCCAACUAUGGUACUCCAGGAACAUAUGCACAUUUCUUUAACACUCUGGGAAUAAAUCCAAAUAUACCUUCACUGCAGUGGCUCUCACAGUAUCUGCCAUUUAGUCAUCAAGGCAACCCAUUAACUGAUCAGCGUAACCAAGCCUUCUAUGGCUGGAACCCCUUCCUUCAAGGCACACAUUCUACAGUUCACCCGAACCCCCUGACCCCUGUAAAAUUUCCUCAGAAAAAUGAUAAGCAGUUUGAUAACAAAAAUGGCCCUCAUAACUCUGCUGAAAAUGUACCAAACUCUGGUGGAGCCUUGUACAGUUAUAAUGGAUACCCAAACACAAAUUCUGGGAACUUUUACAAUGGUAACAACUUACAUGGGUCUAACAUCAACAGUGGGAACCCACAUGUCACUAGUAGUAAUCCACAGUCUUUCGGGUGGAAGUACAAAAUCCCUGGCCCGAACCAGAACUACCCUGGCCCGAACCAGAACUACCCUGGCCCGAACCAGAACUACCCUGGCCCGAACCAGAACUACCCUGGCCCGAACCAGAACUACCCUGGCCCGAACCAGAACUACCCUGGCCCGAACCAGAACUACCCUGGCCCGAACCAGAACUACCCUGGCCCGAACCAGAACUACCCUGGCCCGAACCAGAACUACCCUGGCCCGAACCAGAACUACCCUGGCCCGAACCAGAACUACCCUGGCCCGAACCAGAACUACCCUGGCCCGAACCAGAACUACCCUGGCCCGAACCAGAACUACCCUGGCCCGAACCAGAACUACCCUGGCCCGAACCAGAACUACCCUGGCCCGAACCAGAACUACCCUGGCCCGAACCAGAACUACCCUGGCCCGAACCAGAACUACCCUGGCCCGAACCAGAACUACCCUGGCCCGAACCAGAACUACCCUGGCCCGAACCAGAACUACCCUGGCCCGAACCAGAAUCAAGAAAAUGCAAACAAGGAUGAGCAUAAAAAUCCAUGGUCACCAACUGCUGCAACUAAUACAGUGACACCUCUCUACACUGGAGGUGUCACAGGGCCACACACAAAUGACAGUGCUCACUCCUGGCCACAGGAUUCCAAAGAGAGUUCAGCUGAAGUGACACCAAUUGAUGGGGAUGGUGGUGGACCACUCAUGUGUCCCAUCACCGACGACGACGGACGCUAUGUUCAGGUUGGUAUCGUGUCGUGGGGCAUCGGCUGUGGAGGCAGCAGGACACCAGCAGUCUAUGCCAGCUUAUCCUAUUUCAGAGACUGGAUUGAUAAGCAGUUAGAAGAAAAUAAAUUUAUAAACAUUGCCAUACCACCACCAAGUGUGGAUCAAGAUGAAAGAUUUAAAGAACCUAAGCCAACAUGGGGAUGAGGAAAGAGAACAUUCUGAGCUUUAGAAUACACCAUAAAAAAUAUUUAAAUGAAGAUUUGGACAUGGACUUCUUUUUCUUGGUUGUUCAGAAAGCCAUAAGUUAGUAUGCAGUAAAGACCUUAGUUUAUUUAUGCUCUGUAGAAUAUUUGUCAUUAAAUUGAAUCAUGGAUUCACACAAACAGGAAACACAAAUUUCACUACAUAUUUUAAGCCUUUUAACAAUAUACUGCCACGCAUGUAUUUAUAAAUUGUACUGUUACGGAAUUUUUAAUAAUAAAAAGGAAGUUUGCAUGUCACAUAAUAAAGGCAUAAACACCAUA